AUGUUGGAUAGAUCUCGGCCGCGGGUCCCGUUCCGUGUGGAGGAGAAAUAUCGUUGUAAAGACGGAGUCCCUCUCUGCAAGGAAGACGUGCCUUCCUUCCUGCGCUUAGACAUCUUUUGCUGCUGCAAGGAGACACUUCCUGUUGCUUUCAGCCAGGAGGAUUACAGCACUGUGCCUGGACUGCGGCCUUGCCGAGAUUGUGUGAAGCGCCACCUUCAGAUCAUACCAAUGAUGCCACAACUUGCCCCGCCAAAAAUUCCAGAGGGAGAACGAGUUGACUUUGAUGACAUCCAUAGGAAGCGCAUGGAAAAAGAUCUCUUGGAGCUUCAGACUUUGAUUGAUGUCCACUUUGAACAGCGCAAAAAGGAAGAGGAGGAAUUAAUUGGAUUAAAAGACAGAAUAGAACGGCGCAGAGCUGAACGUGCUGAGCAACAAAGGUUUAGAACUGAAAAAGAGCGGGAGAGACAAGCCAGAAUGGCGGAAGAAAAAAUGAGAAAAGAAGAGGAAGAGGCCAAAAAACGUGCUGAUGAUGAUGCCAAGAAGAAAAAAGUGCUUUCCAACAUGGGUGCACAGUUUGGGGGUUAUCUCAUGAAGGCAGAGCAGAGAAGAGGAAAGAGACAGACAGGACGUGAAAUGAAGAGAAAAAUACUGGCGGAGAGGCACAAACCUUUGUGUAUUGAUUACAUGAAUGAAAAUCAGCUGAGGGAAAAGGCUAAGGAACUGACAGACUGGAUGUCUCAGCUGGAAUCAGAGAAGUUUGAUCUCAUGGAGAAACUGAAAACUCAACGAUAUGAGAUUAAUGUCCUGUACAAUCGCAUCAGCCAUGCACAGAAGUUCAAGAAAGGUGCAGGAAAAGGCCGUGUUGGUGGACGCUGGAAAUGAGAAGCCAUGAUAAUUGCUUGCCUUCCCUGAAGUACCUUAAUGUGGGCAUUCUUUCCCUGCAGUCUGCAUCUUG